GCCUGAGAAGUGAGAGGAGCUCGGGGCAGGGCCCAGCCCCCUGCCAAGGCCAACCCCUGGAACAGCUGAAGUGGGGCUUGUGGGGCAGGGGUGACCAACUGGGUCUGAGGUCCCAUGGGGGAGGCGUAAGGUGAGCAUCUUGGGAGGGGAGGCUGGGACCCCUCAGCUCCGGCCAUGAAGUCUCGGCAGAGGGGGAAGAAGAAAGGCGGAUCGAAGGAGCGGGUGUUUGGGUGUGACCUUCUGGAGCAUCUCCAGCUCUCAGGCCAAGAGGUACCCCAGGUCCUACGGAGCUGUGCAGAAUUUGUGGAGGAACACGGAGUGGUGGAUGGGAUCUAUCGCCUCUCAGGGGUCUCUUCCAAUAUUCAGAAACUUCGGCAGGAGUUUGAAGCAGAGCGGCGGCCUGAUCUUCGGAAGGACAUCUACCUACAGGACAUUCACUGUGUCUCCUCCCUCUGCAAAGCCUAUUUUCGAGAGCUGCCGGACCCCCUGCUCACCUACCGGCUCUACGACAAGUUUGCGGAGGCAGUAGCUGUGCAGUUAGAGCCUCAGCGUCUGAUCAAGAUCCGAGACGUCCUCGGGGAGCUGCCUGGCCCACACUACAGGACCUUGGAAUACCUCAUGCGUCACCUGGUGCAUAUGGCCUCCUUCAGCGCUGAGACCAACAUGCAUGCUAGAAACCUGGCCAUUGUGUGGGCCCCCAAUCUGCUGAGGUCUAAGGACAUAGAAGCCUCUGGCUUCAAUGGGACAGCAGCCUUCAUGGAGGUGAGAGUACAGUCCAUUGUGGUUGAGUUCAUCCUCACACACGUUGACCAGCUCUUUGGGGGUGCUACUCUCAUGGGUGGCGAGGCAGAGACUAGCUGCCGUAUGCUCCCAACAUCACGGGGAACGUUCAGCCCUGAGGAGCCCCUGUCCAGACACUUGUCUUACCACCUUCCCAGUGUUCUGCAAGCUGGGGAUGGCCCCCCACAGAUCCGGCCCUAUCAUACAAUCAUCGAAAUUGGGGAUCACAAGAGGAAAGGGUCUCUUAAGGUCAGGAAGUGGAAAUCCAUCUUCAAUCUGGGUCGUUCUGGCAAUGACACCAAGCGCAAGCCACCCAGGGUGGGUGAGGACAGGGAGGAAAAAUCUGACAAAAUGUCACUGCGACCAGCCAAGAGCAUGGAUUCAUUGAGUGCUGCAGCAGGAGCUAGCGAUGAGGCAGAGGGGCUGGGGAAGGCCAGUAGUUCUCGCCCAAGCCCCCUUCAGUUGGAGAGUCUCGAAGAUGUCUCUAUGGCAACAGAUGGAGAGAGGGAGGCAGAGGUGGAACCAAAGAGUGGGACGAGCUCUGAGCCAGGCACCCCUAGAACAGGUCGAGCAGGAACACGGGCACCAGGUUGUAGUCGGGCAGAGCGCUGUGCUGGAGUCCAUAUCUCUGACCCCUACAAUGUGAACCUUCCCUUGCACAUUACAUCCAUCCUCAACGUACCCCCCAACAUCAUCUCAAAUAUGACAGUCGCACGACUCACUCGAGGACUUGAAUGCCCUGCCUUGCAAGCCCGACCUAUUUCUGGUCCUAGCCCUAGCUCUGGACCCCUAGAUGAGAAGAUGGAGCCAAGCUCAGUCCCAGCUCCUCUGGUCCCCAACCCUGAAUCUCUCAAGCCAGACCCCACUUUGCCCCCAGUCCAGGAGGACUCCCUGUCUCAAGAAGUGCAGGAUUCCUUCUCUUUUCUGGAAGAUUCUGGGAGCAGCUCAGAACCAGAAUGGGCAGUUGGGGAAACCAGGGAUGCAGUCCUGGCAGAGGGAGCCUGUUCCACUGGGGAAGAUGACCCUAACAUUGGUUACCUAGAGGAACUCAUGGGUGCUGGACCUCAGGUGGAAGAAUUCUCUGUGGAACCACCUCUGGAUGACUUGUCCUUGGAUGAGGCAUUGUUUGUCCUGGCUCCUAAUUGUUGCUCCCCAGACAUUGGGAACUCUGAGCAGGAAGAAGACUUUGGAGAGGAUGUUUUCCUCAGUGCCUAUGAUGACCUGAGCCCACUGUUGGUUCCUGAACCCCAAAGAGGAGAGGAUCUAGGAAGUAGGAAUGAUGAAGCUGAUGGAGGUCAAACCUCUUCAGAGGAUGGAGGGGAAAGGGCUUACAAGGAAACUGGAGAGAAUAAGAUGAAGGAAUCUGAGAGAGUCUUUGAGACUAAGGAAGAGGCAGAGGGCAGUCAGGAACCUGAGGCUAGAGUAGAUAGGGAAAAGGGAAGAGAGGCUAAGAGAAAUGAAAAGGAGGAGGUUGAAGAAGUGAAGACCAAAGAGCAAAAGGAAGCUGAGGAGGAGGAGGAAGUAAAGGAUGAGGAAGAGCUUAGGGGAGAGAAGACUGAGGGUGAAGAGAAACCUGGAGGAAUAGCAGAAGUUGAGCAUGAGGAAAAUAUAGCGGAAGAAGAGAAGACAAAGAACCAAGACAAGACUGGAAUAGAGUCACAAGUUGAGGAUGAGAAGAUAGGGGGAAAGCAGAAGGCUGAUGGAGAGAAUACUGAAGGACAACAACAAACUAGCAGGAAAGAGGAGUUUAGGGGAGAGGAGGAGCAGGUAGAGGUUGGAAACAAUACAGUGGGUGGGGAAGUCAAGAGCCAAAGCCACCAGGACACCGAGAGGAACGGGAAAACUCUAGACAACCAUAAAGUUGAUGAAAAGAGAGAGACUAAGGCUGGAGAGGAAAGUGGAUGGAGGAACAAAGAAUCUGGAGAAAGACAAGAGGAUAGGAAAGAUAGAGGAAGCCUUGAGUGCGAUGCUGUGGCUAUCAGUGGCAAAAGGGAAUGUGGGGAUGGGGAGGCAGAUCAGGAGGCUAGAGUGGACAGUCUGUCAGGGGAUCUGGACCAAGUAGUGCCUUGGAGGUCUAGUAAUGUCAAAGGUCAUGAUGCCAAUCCUCCAGGGGUAGAAGUAGUUCCACAAUCCCCUAGGCCAGAAGACAGGGAACCUGAAGGGCAGACUACUCUUGAGAACUGUGUCCUGUACCCUUGUGCCCCAUCAUCCUCUGUGCCCCUCCCUGAACCAGCAGGCAGUGUGAGUAUGCGCCUGGCCUCCACCUUGGUCCAAGUUCAACAAGUCAGAUCUGUACCUGUAGUGCCCCCCAAACCACAGUUUGCCAAGAUGCCCAGCACACUGGGUAGCAAGAUCCAUGUGGCCCCAGCAAACCCAUGCCCACGGCCUGGCAGACUCGAUGGAACACCUGGAGAUGGAGUCAAAGGCAACCGGGCCUCCCGUUCCUCCUGGAGGAAUGGGGGCAGCCUUUCCUUUGACGCCGCUGUUGCCUUAGCACGGGAGAGGCAGAAGACAGAGGCUCCAGUCAUCAGGAGGACCCACACCUGUAUUGGGGGUGGGGAUGGAAGCCUCCUGCCCAGCCCAUCUGCCUCCAUCCUACCCCCAGCCUCUGUUUCCAGGCCUCUCAGCUGCUUGGAGGCCCCACUCCCGGCUCAGGAAGGGGCUGGACCCCGCAUCAGACACAGUCUGCCACCUGCAGAAUCCCAGCCUCUUAACACUGUCAUUCUCCCCCAACGCAGAACCUAUGCAUUUGAGGCACAUGCUGGCCUUGGGGAGGGGGAAGGGCUCUGAGGAGGGCUGUCCUCCAAUCAGGAGAGAUUCCCACUUCAAGGCUCUGACCCCUAGCUUCUGUUUUCAGACUGUACAAAGCCAGCCUCUUGGAUCAUCUGAAGCUUAGACAUCAUCAGGCAGAACUAGCCCUUGGGACACUCCUGGCUUCAGAGUCCUGCCCCAGGAUGUAGGUCCACUAGCAGAGGGAAGCAAAGUGAGGAGCCAGACUGCUGGGCAGACAGAACACUGAGGUGGUUCCAUUGAAAACGUGGAUGGGAACUCACUCAAUCCAAAUUCCUGUGCUCCUAUGAAGCUGGAGCUCCCUCUUCCUAGAGCCCACCAUAUCCCACUAGGGAUAUCCCUCACAUACACUAGGAUGUCUGUAACAGCUAGCUGUCUUCAUCCUGGUCUUGGUCUCUUGGAUAUUGCCUGAAAUGCAACACUUAACUGGGGAGGUGAAUGUUCAAGAAACCCAUUGAAGAAGCAGCAUCAGGGGGUCCUGGGCCCCUUCCAUAAAGGAGUUAGUCAGAGCUCCUUAACCCAUCCCCACCUUCAAGCUCCAGGGAGUUGGGGCAGUGGUGGGGUUCCUCUGCUGACCUCUCAGGUCUCCUCUCUUUGGAAAGACUCCCUUCCUUAUAGCCCCUUUAUGGGGGUGGAGGAAGGAAAAUGGAGGUAUCCUGACCACAGGCCUAUUGUUUCCUAUCAUGGAAAAGCACCAUAUGACCCUGUCUGGAGAGAUAGGUCUGUGGCUGUAGGGGGUGAUUUGAAAUAAAAGAUGUAUUUUUUCAUGUA